AACCCGUCAGCCAUCACCAUGCGACUCUCGCUCGAAGCGCCCAGAGAGACACCGAGAACGAGAAUCUAGAGAGGGGGAGGAUGCGGAGGGGCGGUAUUGAUAUAGAGAGCGCGGGGGAGAAGAAGAAGAGGGGAGGCAAUUACGCCGCGGCAAUUGACGGCGACGACGACGGAGAUAGCCACUGGGUUUCAUGGCUCAUCCCUGUGUUCGUCGUGGCCAACGUUGCGCUGUUCGUCGUUACCUUGUACGUCAACGAUUGUCCUAAGCAUACCAACGGCUGUAUGGCUAGCUUUCUCGGACGCUUCUCUUUCCAGCCCCUCCAUCAGAAUCCUCUCUUUGGCCCUUCUGCUUCCACAUUAAGGAAGAUGGGUGGUCUUGAGUGGGAAAAGGUUGUGCAUCAUCAUCAAGAAUGGAGGCUUAUAUCAUGUAUCUGGUUACACGCUGGUCUUAUUCACCUGAUUGUAAAUAUGCUGAGUCUUGUGAUUAUUGGCAUUCGUCUUGAGCAGCAAUGUGGCUUUGUUCGGAUUGGAAUUGUCUACUUCUUUUCAGGAUUUGGGGGGAGUGUGCUUUCUUCGUUAUUCAUACAGAGGAGUGUAUCUGUUGGUGCUUCGGGGGCUCUUUUUGGGCUUCUUGGAGCGAUGCUUUCUGAGCUUCUUACUAAUUGGUCAAUUUAUACCAACAAGGUUGCUGCUUUACUCACACUUCUGGUGAUAGUGGUCUUGAAUCUUGCAGUCGGAAUCCUGCCACACGUUGACAAUUUUGCCCACAUCGGUGGAUUCUUGACGGGUUUCCUUCUUGGCUUUGUCUUGCUGCCCCGGCCUCAGUUAGGGUGGAUAGAACGUAGUAAUCUUCCACCCGAGAUUCGUGUCAAAUCCAAGUACAAGCCUUACCAAUAUGCGCUGUGGUUGGCAUCUCUGGUUUUAUUGAUAGCAGGGUUUACAGUAGGUUUGGUUAUGCUGUUCCGCGGGGAGAAUGGGUAUGAUCGUUGCCAUUGGUGCCGUUACCUGAGCUGUGUGCCAACUAGUCAAUGGAAGUGUGAUGCCACUUGAUCUUCAUUAGUUGUAGAUCCUAUAGUUUGUAGAGUGUUUGUGUUUACUUCCCUCUAAGAAUUUAUGUCUGGGUGAUUUUACUAUGUUUUUAAAGCACGAUAGCAGAAAAUUUUUGCACUGUUUCUUUUA